ACAGAAACAUCUCGACAUGUUAAACUACUACUUCUGGAUUGUAUUCCACAUACUAAAUUAUGAUUGCGUUUUUGCUUCAGCCUCUGUUUCAUCGUCGUUCAUGGAAUUAAAAUCUGAUAUUGGCGGCAGAGUAUUUGAUAGCCCCAAAUUUGACAUAAAAACCAGGGGAAGUAUUGAAUGUGGUAUGAAAUGUCUACAGUACGCAUGUUGCUUUACUAUCACAUUUAACCCCACCACUCGUCAAUGUGUAGGCUAUAGGUCUACAUUUGAUAACACAGACGCGUACUUCCCUGAUGCUGAAAGUAUCACAUACGAACUGCAGCACCGAGGUUUAUGGGGUGCUGACUCAUAUGUGUACAACUCUUCCAUCGAUUUGUGUUUCUCCCUGAAAACAACCCCUGCAUCACAGAUAGAGGCAAUCGAAUAUUGUGAGAUGGACGGAGGGUACCUGAUGCCAAUAGAAACAUCAGAGAAGAUAUUGGAGGUCUGGGCAGAAGUCAUCACGUCUAUCCCGGGCAGCAGCCUGGUGGCUGAUCCCUUAUUCUGGGUGGAUGGAUUCAACGAUGGUACAGGACAAUUUAUGUUGAGAAACGGCAAUUCCAUAUCCAACAGCCUUCUGUGGGCUCCUGGAGAACCCAGCCAUACAGGCCAACACUGUGUAGCCCUGAGCGAACAGUUCUUAUUUGAUGACAACUGUCCAGAAUCUCAUAAAUACAUAUGUGAAUAUAUAUAGCGGUAUAACUUUGGCAGGUGUUUUGAAUGCUGAAUAU